AAUUUGAUUUAGCAACGGAAAUAUUAGGUUUUACGUUUUCAACAGCUUUGUUGUCGGCAAGGAUAUUCACAGAUAAUAAAACCAUAAAAUUCCUGCAUAUUUGUAUUCAUUAAAAACAAAAGAGCCUUAAUUUGCACUAUAUACAGUCCCGAAGUGCUGAUAGGCAAUUGGUUCCAAGAGCGUAUGAGUGGUCUACAAAACGACGUUCACGCCAUAACACCAGGAAUUUACGGUCAAAGUGGAUGUAUCGAUGGAAAAACCACGUAUAAAAGCGAUUAUUUAGAGCCGGUUGCAAAAGACGAUCCAAGAGGUGCAGACGAUUUUAUAAAUGUUAAGAUAAUUCGUUUUCGCAACAAAAUGAAAAACAAAGAAACAAAUAUACAACAAUGCAAUGACAUAUUUCUGCAUAAUAUGACGUCCAUGGCAGAUCUUCAGUAUCGGAUUUUACCAGAAACAUCACGAGGUUUGUUGGGUGGGAACGAUUGGAUGUUAAAAAAGAACCCGAAGAAAGAACUUACUCGAAAUUAUGGCAAUCAGACAAAUUUUGGAUUACUUAAAGCUAAGCGUUGUGAUGAGCUUCGGGAAUUGCAGAAGUAUCGCCACUUAUCUGAAACAAAGAGCAAUUUUGGACUUAAAAUUAGAAUCCCCUUAACACCGACAAAUCGAAAAUGCAGUGGGAACCUAUGAAUAUACAUAUGUACAUUUCUAUAAGUAUAUGCAUUAAUAUUAAACUAUACACAUACAUAUCAUCGAAUAUCUAUAGUAAAUAUAGUUAUA